AUGCAGGCGUGCGAGGGCGCCACGGCGGGACGCCAGGCCUUCGACAGCAUCUGCCCCAACCGGAUGCUGGAGCUGCGAGGCCGGGCCCUCGGCAAGCCGGGGAAGCCAGAGAGGAAGUUCGCCCCUCCGCGGACGUUCUUCUCUGGCUGCAGCGGCGGCAGCCCGGUGUCGGUGUACGAGGACCCUCCGGGCGCCGAGCCCGCUACGCUGCCCGCCCUCACCACCAUCGAUCUGCAGGACCUGGCCGACUGCUCGCUCCUCGGGCCAGACGCGCCGCCUGCCGGUGACUCGGCCGCCUGGCAGAGCCCCGCCGCCCCGCCGACGGCGGCGGACUUCGGUCUGCAGGGUUUCAGGGACACGGUGGAGGAUCUCAUCGCAGACGCGUCCUCCUUGAUGUCGCCUCCCCUGGCCAGCGGAGACUUCCCCUUCUCUCCUUGGGACGCACUGCCCUUCGGACCCUGCCUGUCCCAGCCGCUGGACCCGCUCGCCCUGCCGCCACCACCGCCGCGCCCUGCGGAGGCGCUCCGCUCGGAGCAGUACUGGAAGGAGGUGGCCGACCAGAACCAGAGGGCGCUGGGGGACGCGCUGGUUGAGAACAACCAACUGCACGCGACGCUGACCCAGAAACAGGAGGAGAUCGCGUCGCUCAAGGAGCGCAACGUGCGGCUGAAGGAGCUCGCCAGUCGAACCCGGCACCUGGCCUCGGUGCUGGACAAGCUGAUGAUCACGCAGGCCCGGGAUUGCGGGGCGGCCGCGGAGCCCUGCCUGCUCAAGGCCGCUGCCAAGAGGAGCCUGGAGGAGCUGCUCGCAGCCGCGGGGCAGGACUGCGCGCAAGCGGACGCCAUCCUGAGGGAUAUCUCCGAGCACUGCGACGAAGCGCUGCAGAGCCGUGACCCCAAACGGCUCCGCCUGCAGCCGGAGUCGGCGAGCCUGACCCGCCCGCCCGGGCAGCUGCACGGCGCCUUCCGUGGGCUGCACACGGACUGCAGCGCGCGCGCGCUGGACCUGAGCCACGGGGAGCUGGAGGAGGGCGGCUCCUUCUGCACCCCCAUCCGCAGCCACAGCACCAUCCGCACCCUCGCCUUCCCCCAGGGCAACGCCUUCACCAUUCGGACGGCCAACGGGGGCUACAAGUUCCGCUGGGUCCCCAGCUGAGCUGGCGUGCGGUCCCUCCGCAACGCUGCCCGCACCCUGAGCGCAGCGCCUGGAGGCUCAGCGGGCGGGGCUGGAACUGUUUCCUGCACCCGGCUUCUCAGACUCCCCCGGCGGGGCCAGGGCCACCUGACGCUGAUUUUUUUCCAGGAGCAAAUCCCAACACUGACGCACUGAAAGUUCUGGGACAAACACUGUCCAUCCCCCCACCUUCACAGCCGAACGGCACGAGUGCACGCAUAAACGCACACGUGUGCGUGUGCCCCGCAGUCCAUCCGCCUUACAUCCCGAACUGUCAGAGCUGGGAGGGGCUUAGAACCCACUUAGCUAUUUUAUCCUAUAAAGUGCCCUGGUUGUAUAAGAGGGGAAAGGAGGGUUUAAGAUAUUGAGUCAUUUCUGCAACAAGAGGCAUUCUUGGGGACUUCCAGUCGCUCACACUCACUACUCGGGCUGCACAUUUUUAAAUAACAUUUUAAUUUUUAAAAGAUUUUAUUUAUUUUUGGAGAGAGGGGAGAGGAGAAAGAGAGAGAGAAACAUCAGUGCAUGGUUGCC